AUGAAAGCGCGCCGCCGGCAGGGCUGGGGGUCACGAGGUGCGCUCACGUUCCAUGGCAUAAUUUUCUGCUGCACGUGCCGGUUGGCAGUUGCCAUCCGGGACAGACACGUCGAUGUCGACGACGAAGUCGAUCUCACCGACCCUUCGAUCUUCGAGGAUCCCGCGGUGGAUCUGGCCCAGCUGGAUGAUGCAACAGUCGAUGCUAGCUACGUUGACUGCAUGCGCAGGUGGGCAGAUGAGAGGCAGCGACAGCUGGCUUUUUGGCAGGGCUAUGGUCAUCUCCUGGCAGCGCAGCAGAAGGUGCAGAGGUUGCACUUGUCGUUGCGAACCUCCGAGCCGUUGAGGAACGUGACACUGCUGGUUUCGGAUCUUCAGCAUCGGCUGGGCUGGCUGUCCGAUGCAAGUUCGAGGUAUGCAGCAAGGCUAAAGGGCUAUGUCGACACGCUACAUCCUCGACUCAGUAACGCAUGCAACAACGCUUCUCUUCGAACGGACGACCUGCGCAAAGAGAUCCUGAGCGAGAUGAGCUCGCGGAGGCGUGCAGCGACUCUCAGCAGCCUCACAACGGCUGCACGGCUGCAAUGCUCACGCCGAUGCUGUUGA